AUGAACCCACUGCUUCUGCUUCUGAUGGAGCUUUUGUUGCCCCAGGCAGCCUGUGGGAUGCUCGGCACCAAGUGCUUCUUGACUUUGGGGAGGGAUGCAAGAGACCCACUCAACCACUACAGGCCAGGAGAUCAUCUCAUCGGUGGGCUCUUCUCUGCAACAAAUAAUCUACAACCUGAGCUGCAGAAUUUCAGUUUGAGUCCUUCUAAAAAGGUUCAUCGGUUGGUGAUUUCACUGAAUGAAAUCAACAAAGACCCUCUUCUCUUGCCCAACCUCACCCUGGGUUAUAACCUCCAUGACAACUUUCGAGACAAAAUGUUGACAUUGGAUGGUCUGUUGGAUUUGCUUUCGACUGGAGAGGCCAAUGUUCCCAACUACAGCUGUGGAAGGAAGAGAAACAUGCUGGUUCUCCUGGAAGAGACCAACUCUGAUAUAUCCAUCCUUAUGGCUGCCAUAUUGGGCAUCUACAAAAUCCCACAGAUCAGCUACACUUUUAUUUCACCGGUCCUGAGUGAUAAAACUCAGUUACCUUUUUUCUACCGGACCGUCCCCAAAGAAGGUGCUCAAAACCUGGGGAUUGUUAAACUGCUGCUGUAUUUUCAAUGGACAUUCAUUGGCGUCUUUGCUGCAGACACUGAUAACGGAGAACAUUUCAUUAGGACCUUCGUUCCUGUGCUGGCACAGAAUGGCAUCUGUGUUGUUUUUUCACAAAUCGUAUUAUUAAAAGAUGAGAACUUCCAGCAUCUGAUUUCUGUUUUCAACCUGUGGGCCCAGAUCAAUCUUCACCAUUUCCUGAAGAAUCCUCAGAUCUACAACAACACCAUAGAAGGAAUGUAUUUGGAUAGAAAUGGAGAUUUGAUGGCUGACUUUGACAUUGUGAGCUGGGUGUGGUUUCCAAAUAAGUCGACCACCAGAGUGAAAUUUGGGAGUCUAGACAGAGAAGGAACCAUUGGAGUCAAAUUCAGCAUCAACAAGGAAGCCAUCAUGAGCCCUCAGUGGCUCAAUCAGCCCUUGCCUCACUCCCAGUGUGUGGAGCCUUGUCAACCUGGCUAUUUCAAGGUGGUCCAGGAAGGAAAACCAAUCUGUUGCUACAACUGCGUCCCUUGUGCAGAAGGGGGCAUUUCCACCCAAGAAGAUGCAGACCACUGCACCAGAUGUCCAGACAAUCAGUAUCAGAACAAGCAUCGAGAUCAAUGUAUCCUCAAAACUGUCACUUUUUUGUCCCAUCAAGAGUAUUUGGGAAUUAUUCUUACUUUCUUUGCCCUAUUCCUGAUCUUAACCACAGUUUUAGUCUUGGGAAUCUUCAUUAAAUUCCAAGAAACGCCAAUUGUCAAAGCCAACAACCGGGACCUCUCCUAUAUUCUCCUGGUCUCCCUUCUUCUUUGCUUCUUGACUUCCUUUCUCUUCAUUGGUCGGCCAAGGAGAACCACCUGCCUUCUCCGACAAACAAUUUUCAGCAUCAUCUUUUCAAUUGCCGUGUCUACCGUCUUGGCUAAAACAAUCAUGGUGGUGCUGGCCUUCCUGGCCACAAAGCCAGGAAACAGAGUGAGAGGAUGGCUGGGCAAGAGUCUGACCAACACCAUCAUCAUUUCUUGUUCCAGUGUCCAGGUGGUCAUUUGUUUCACCUGGUUAGGAGUCUUUCCUUCAUUCCCUGAUUCUGACACGUAUUCCCAGCCUAGAGAGAUUGUUCUGCAGUGCAAUGAAGGCUCUGUCACUAUGUUUUAUGUUGCCCUUGGUUACAUGGGUUUUCAGGCUGCCAUUUGCUUCGUAGUGGCCUUCCUGGCCAGGAAUCUACCUGGGUCCUUCAAUGAAGCCAAGCUGAUCACCUUCAGCAUGCUGGUCUUUUGCAGUGUCUGGAUCUCCUUUGUGCCUACCUAUCUGAGCACCAAAGGGAAAUUCACGGUUGCUGUGCAGGUCUUCUCCAUCUUGGCUUCCAGUGCUGGGCUGCUGGGUUGCAUCUUCAUCCCUAAGUGUUACAUCAUUUUGCUGAGGCCAGAACUGAAUACAAAGGAACAACUGAUGUUCAAAAGUGAAGUAAAAAAGUGA